AUGAAUUCAUUGAAAAGAAGUACAAGAUCACCUCGUGCAGCCGAAAAACGAUUGCAGAGAUUAAAUAAUGGAUGGAUAAUUAAAAUUGGUCGAGGACUUGAUUUCUAUAAACCACCAGAAUCUAAACUAUCUAUUGGUUAUUAUGAUCUCGAUCUUCGUCCAUGUCAUCAAACGACUAUUGAUAUAUUCCAUGCUGAAAGAGUUCAUCCAUCAUCAUAA